AUGCCCGCGGACCUCGAGCAAGCACGCCCGGAGCGUCGCCAGGACGAAAAAACACCGCGCCAGCCGUCCACUGCGUCUGCGGCAGCAACAGAGACAGAGACACCGGCGGCUCACGAUGUCGAGAAGCCUCUGCCCGCGUGCGCUGCCACCCCGGUGAGCAAAAGCGCCCCCGGCCAAGACGGACGCACCGGGCCCGAAGCCGAUGCCGAGGCCGGGGUCCUCUCCGUCGUCGGCGGCGGCGGAGGCCGGGCCGCGUCCCGCGCAUCGUCGACGACACGCCCUGGGACCGUGACCAUUGUGCCGCGCGCGCAGAGAAGAGGCCUGUUUGCCGGCCUGGCCAUCACGCCAGAGGUCGAGAGGCCCCGCCCUCCACGGACUCACCGUCGAGUUCAACACGUCGUCGACCGUCGCCAACCUCUCCGUGGCGCUGUACAUGCUCUCCAUGUCCAUCUUCCCGCUGUGGUGGUCGUCGUUUUCCGAGGAGUUUGGCCGGCGCAGCGUGUACCUCGUGUCGUUUAUGCUCUUCGUCGUCUUCGCGGUGCUGUGCGCCGUCAGCCAGAGCAUGGCCGCGCUCGUCGUCUUCCGCGUCCUGACGGGCGGCGCGUCGGCGAGCGUCCAGGCCGUCGGCGCCGGCACCAUCGCCGACAUAUGGGAGAGCUUCGAGCGCGGCCGCGCCAUGGGCAUCUUCUACCUCGGCCCGCUGCUGGGGCCCGUCAUCUCCCCCGUGCUCGGCGGCGCGCUGUCCCAGAGCCUCGGCUGGCGCGCGUGCAUGUACCUCCUCGCCGGCUACGGGCUCUGCGUGCUCGCCAUGCUGCUGCUGUUCCUGCCGGAGACGCUGCCGCGGCCCGCCAAGCCCGAUCCCUCGACCGGCCCCCUGCGGCGCGUGUCGACGAGGGAGUCGGCCCGGCUGCGCUCGAGGCGGCUCGCCCGCGGCCCCAAGCGGGUUCUGGUCGACCCGGCCUCAAGCGGUUUCUGGUCGACCCCCUGGCCGUGCUGCUGUUCCUGCGCUUCCCGCCGGUGCUCAUCACCGUCUGCCUCGCCGCCAUUGCCUUUGGCGCCCUCUUCGUCGCCAACGUCUCCAUCCAGCAGGAGUUCGGCAGGGCCCCGUACCGCUUCGGGCAGCUCGUCGUCGGGCUCUUGUACUUGCCCCCUGGCCUGGGGUACUUCCUGGCCUCCGUCUUUGGCGGCAGGUGGAUCGACAGCAUCAUGGCCCGCGAGGCGGCGAGGGCGAACCGCUACGACGAGCGCGGCAAGCUCAUCCUCCUGCCCGAGGACCGCAUGCGUGAGAACAUUUGGAUUGCGAAUACCCUCUACCCCUGCGGUCUGCUCCUCUUCGGAUGGACCCUCGACUACGGGGUUUUCUGGUUCGUGCCCUCCAUCGGCUCGUUCCUCUUUGGAAUCUCCUCCAUGCUGGUGUUUAGCACGGCUACGACGAUGCUCACGGAGUUUGUGCGCAAGAGAAGUUCCGCCGGGGUGGCUGUCAACAACUUCGUCCGCAACAUCCUCAGCUGCGUGGGGACCAUUGUGGCCGCGCCGUGGGUUGAUGCCAUUGGCGUGGGAUACGUCAUGACCGCAGUGGCCUUGUUUUGCAUCGUCGCUGGAUAUAUCGGCAUCUGGACGCUGCGCCGGAAUGCGCCCAGGUGGAGGAAGGAGAUGGACAAGGCGUUGAAUGGGUUGGGCUGA